UGUCAAUUUUGAUAUUAUUUUUAGAUUUUUGGCUGAGAUUUUUUGUAUUUUAUACAAUUUUAUCAUUUGCGUGUGAAAAUAAAAUGUUUUUUCAUGACCGUACUUGGGGAUAAAACUUUUAUAAUUAAUUAUUAUGCCAAACAAAUACAAGGCUGAGCAGAAUUAUAAUAAUAUUCACAAUUUACGAGUGGUAAAUUUUAAAGAAAACGCUCUCCCAAAGACUCAAACAGCAGUUCAGGACAAAAAGUACACCCAGGAGUAUAAACAUGAAGUCCUACACAAAACUAUUGUUCAAACGAAACAAAAUUCUAUCGAAAAAUACUCAGGACACAUAUCUGAACAGCAUGAUAAUAAAGACAAAUAUAAAUUACACAACAGAAAUCCAAAAGAGCACACGCUACGACAGGAUAGCAAAGUUCUAUCGAAUAUAAGAUUCCUUUACAGAAAAUCCAGAGGGCGAUUGAGUAAGAAAUAUAUAGGCGAUGCAAAAUAUAUCAAAGAUAUUGGGAAAACAUACAACGAAAUGUACAGCAACUCAAUCAAAUCGCGAGAUUCACGUUCAGAUGAUCUAAGACCCCCUACGUUUCCAUACAGACGUGAGAGAUUAAAAGUUCUCUUCUUUCAACAAUCAUCUCCUAGAAUAACUGGCAGAUCUUUAUUUACAAGUAGAAGGAAGAAAGCACCACGACGACCAGUAAAGGGAAGCCAACACAACAUCCAAGAUUUAGAGCCCGUUAAGCAAAUCUACUCCACUGAGGAGAUGAAACUGAAACUAGACGAAAAGAACAAAGAGGAAAAUGGAAAGAUGGAAAAGGGUGUAAAGAUAGAAGUCAUAAAAUCAAAGACGAAUAGUUUCCGUAGUGAUGGGACCCACAGCACGGGGUUCAGGUCAUCGACGCAGGUGGUGCUACGUUGCGAGCCCUCCACGAUGCUGAGGACGGUGCAGUUUCCUCAGGACAAGGGACCGGCAGCGAUGCGGCUGCCGGCACGCUCUCGCACGACCGUCGCCAAGUGCACUCCGCAAGCGCGCGGGAAAAGGAAAGGGGUGGUCCUCCGAAGACCUCAAGGUACAUGUGCAAAAGUACCGGGGCAAGACAAGGAGAAAUGCGACUGCUUUCCUAAAAACUUAUACAAGAUGUCACUGAAGCGGUGCCUUAAAUUGUGGCUAUUAUGUCUGUGGUCUCCUUGUUUAGCAGUUGCAGCAGUUUGCUGGUUCGUGUCGUAUCCUUUCAGGUACAUUGAAGGGUGCACCUGCAGAAGGGACCAGUGCCAAUGCAAGAGCACAGUGCGUCGGGCCUGGGCCAAGUCCGCAUUCAAUACUAGAUCUAGAUUCUUACGAAAGAACGCAGGCCCAGUAUGCUCGAAGAAAUGUAAAGCGAUGAGACGAAGAAAUACUUAUUUAACAGAUACAGCGGGUACGACUAGGUUUCCGUGUCGCUGUGACCCGACGUUUGGGAAGAAUUUUAGGUCUUCGAGGUUCCGCGACCGAGUUUCGAGGGUUGAGCGCGAAGAUCAUCUCCACUUGGUGCAGAAGGAGCGGGAGUUGAUCGCGUCCCUGGCCAAGGAGCACGCUUCACGAGCGGACUACGCGCGGUCUCUGCAGGCGCAGCUGCCGCGGGCCCGGGGCUCCGCGCACUGCGACCCCUGCCUCGUCAAGCUGCAGCCGAGUGUCAUGGCAGCACAAAUUAAAACAAAAGAUCUUGAUGAUACGCCAACUAAAAAGGGAAAAGCUAAAAAUAAAAGUCCGAAGGGAAAAGCAAAAAAUAAGAGUCCGAACACCGUCAGCGCUAGUCAAGUUGCUGUUAAAACCUCGAAAAAGAAAAUCAAACCUAAGAAAAUUCCAAAACCUAAGAAAGUUAAGGCGAGCAAAACAGACAAACGCACUAAGAAACAUAAAAGUAGUACUGAUGAUUCAGAUGAGAAAUCGAAAAAUAAAACGUCAUCUAGUGAUACUACGAAUGUAGCAAAGAAAGAUAAAUUCAGCACCAAAUUUAAAAAUAAACUUAACAACCUUAAAAGUAAAGUGAAAGGGAGAUUAAGCAAAACAGAAGUUCAAAGUUUUGCGUCACGGGUAACAAACAAGAUUAGUAGUAGUAUCAGUGGUAUUAAAAUAAGGCGUAGUAAAUCUGAUACAAGUAGUGAAGAUGGGGCUAAAAGAAAAAAGCACAAGAAGAAGAAAAACAAAAAGAAAGAUGAUGCCGAUUACAAAAAAUCUCGCGGCAGAAAGAGUAGGAAGCCAUUAAAUGAAGUUUAUGUUCAAACAUGUAUUGCAAAACAGCAAAAGCCAUUUAAGAAAAAGCGUCUGCGGAAUAUAAUUUUUGAUCACCACAACUGGAAUGAAGGUGAAAUACAAGCUUACAAAGAGGAUAAACCACACAAAAGAAAGAAAAGUAAAAAGAGAAAGAAGGAAAAGGAAUCUCGAAAAUCAGAGGUAAAAGUUACUAAGAAGACCGUUGCACCCAUUUGCGUGGAAGGUAGUUAUGUUAUAGGAUCCCCAGAAGCACUGGAGCGAAAGGCACGCUUAGCUAAAGUUUGCGUUGAAAGAGAAAAGCAGCGCAUGUGUGCAGAUGAAGAUUUACGUGUAAGACAAGCCAUUGAAUUUGGUGAUAGGAGUAAAACUCGUGACCCUAUCAUGCGGCGUGACCGUUUGGAUCUAAUGUCCCCCACCUAUGCGUCAACGUAUAGAAAACGUUUAGUAAGAAGAGGAUAUCCACUGGACCACAGAACUGUCUUUAAGCACGAUAUAACAUAUCCGGACUCAAGAGGUUACCUUGAUCCUACUUGCGGUAGUCCUAUAGACCAAGAUAUGCGGCGGAGACAGUAUUAUACGAGAAAGUAUAAGAUGAGGAGAAAUAACAUGAUAUUCAAAUGUCUGAGGUGUAAGGCAGCAGACUUUGGCACGAGGCAACAAAAUGUUAUAGUGCCAUCGAGGUACACGAAUUCACCCUGUAGAAACAAUACAAACCAAGUGUGUAGAGAUAUAGGCGCAUUCCAUGUUAACUAUUACGGGUGGCGAGCAUUCCGGAUAACCACCAACAGACUUUGCCACCAGAUAAGCCGAUUUAGUCUCUUAGUUUGUGGUAUUUGUAUUUGGUGCCCCAUAUUUUUGAUAGAGCACAUGAUAUUCAAGCUCUGCGUGUGUAUUUGUUCUUAAAUUGUGGCUGUUUGAUAGAAAAUGGCUUAUGGAGCACUUUAAUACUGCUUACCAAGCGAUUAAUGGUUUUAAAUAAGUGCUCUUAAUUAGUAAGAUAUAUCUGCUGUGUUGAAAUAAAUCGUCAUGGUUAAAUG